AACUUGUAGAUAGCGGAAGCUUUUCGUAGUAACAAAGCAAUGAACGGGACGGUUCCGGAAGAAGUGGUGGCAGAGUAAAAAUCUAUCAACUCUCGGUUGUGUUUCUAAAGAUAAGUGUCAGCUUAAAGUCAGUCCAAGUUUUUGUGUGUUUACUUUGAAAGUCUACGGCGGGACUAAACCAGCAUAGCCUACAGCGGGGAACUGAAAAUGGAGGUAGAAAAGGAAAUCAAGAAGGUAAGUCCUCAUGCCUGUGGGUAGUUCCAGAUAAGACAUGGCAACGCCCUUAGAGGUACAUCCUACAAGCUAGCAAAGUCAGCAAGGAAGAUGGCUCGUCCUGUCUUUAAAGCCAGCUACUUUUGCUACAUAGACUACCUUUGACUGUAAAAUACUAUAUAUGUGAGAAAUAUGUAGCCAAUUGCUAGAACCUCGAACUUCUUGCUUCUGUGCAAGGUCAGUUUAUCAAAUAUAAAAAUAUCAAACCCGUAGUUGUCCUAAUAUAUAUAUUGACAUUCUUUGCAUCGUAGCCAUUGGUGACUUUAUCUCAAUAUCAUGUUUCAAUAAUCAGAUUCUGAAGGUGAGGACUGACGUCCGGUCCUGUCUCCCACGCGCGAGCUCUCAUCAGUGAUACCGUCUGAUGCAGCAUCUUUUUGACAAAGAAAGCACCUACUACAUCCACUGAGUCACUCAAUUGUAUUUAUUGCAUCAUAACAGAGGACCAUUCUCUGUUAAUUCUCAUUUAAUUCAACUGUCAAGAGAUUAAGAGAGAUUAAGGCAUGAGAGUGGAGUGGGGGCUCCAUGAUUCCAGACAGCCCUCAUCUGUCAGCUGUCAUCAAGGUCCAUGCGCUUGCACAAAGGGAAAGCUUCGCAGAAUUGGCCUUUAACCUUCAGUAGAUUACCAGCGUGAAGCCGCGAUAAUUACUAGAUCACUAAUCAUAAAUGUGAGACCCUGAUAAUUGUGUCAAACUGCUAAUGACCUUUGAUCAAAGAAAACUACUUAUUUUGAUUGUCUAUGCUUGAUUAGCUUAAAAGAUUCCAUCAAUAAUAUAACUCAGUUAAUACAUUCUGAAGGCAUCAAGUGCUCAAGAUUUAUUUGAGCCCUUGCUCAUAAGAUCAUUUGAAAUUCUCAGAUUUUCUGGACUGUGGCUACUUUUCCCUUGUCAACCUGAGACGCCUCAUGGCAAGUGACUCAUGGCAAUGUGUCAUUGGUCAUGUUCCCCUGAUAAGACGUUGCAUGCAUCAACCAAUGGUUGCGUGCUACGUCAUCGACUGGCUGAUUGCUAUAACAUAUGAUGUGGUUAGCUGAUACCUAAAAUACCUAUCCAGGCGUUGUAAGAUCUGGUAUGUGUCAGUAAAGCCUGGGCAGAGGAACGCACCCUAUAUCAUUGCUAGACUAGUUGUAAACAUUAUACUCAUAGCCUAAGUGCUUUACUGAACAGUAGAACAUACCAGAGCCAUUUAUUUACAUUGACACGGCUCUAGUCCACACUUGUCUAUCUUCAUGAAUCAGUAGCCUAAAGUGAUCAAUAUAUCUCCCUAAUGGGCUUCUGGAAAGAGAGGCUUCUAGGGUGUUCCCUAGAAGUUUAAGGAAACGAUUCACAAAUAUUUAUAUAUGCAAAGUGUCAGUCCCAUGUUUCAAGAGCUGAAAUAAAAGAUCCCAGAAAUGUUCCAUAUGCACAAAAAGCUUUUCUCUCAAAUUUUGUGAACAAAUUAGUGAGCAUUUCUCCUUUGCCGAGAUAAUCCAUCCACCUUACAGGUGUGGCAUAUCAAGAAGCUGAUUAAACAGCAUGAUCAUUACACAGGUGCACCUUAUUGUGCUGGGGACAAUAAAAGGCCACUCUAAAAUGUGCAGUUUUGUCACACAACACAAUUCCACAGAUGUCUCAAGUUUUGAGGGAGCGUGCGAUUGGAAUGCUGACUGCAGGAAUGUCCAUCAGAACUGUUGCCAGAGAAUUGAAUGUUAAUUUCUCUACCAUAAUCCGCCUCCAACGUCAUUUUAGAGAGUUUGGCAGUACGUCCAACCGGCCUCACAACCGCAGACCACGUGUAACCACGCCAGCCCAGGACCUCCACAUCCGGCUUCUUUACCUGCGGGAUCGUCUGAGACCAGCCACACAGAUGAAACUGUGGGUUUGCACAACCUAAGAAUUUCUGCACAAACUGUCUCUCAUCUGCGCGCUAUGUCGUCCUCACCAGUUCUUCCAUGGCCUGCAUACUCACCAGACAUGUCACCCAUUGAGCAUGUUUGAGAUGCUCUGAAUCGACGUGUACGACAGCUUGUUCCAGUUUGCGUCAAUAUCCAGCAACUUCACACAGCCUUUGAAGAGGAGUGGGACAACAUUCCACAGGCCACAAUCAACAGCCUGAUGUGUCGUGCUGCAUGAGGAGAUGUGUCGUGCUGCAUGAGGCAAAUGGUGGUCACACCAGAUACUGACUGGUUUUCUGAUCCACGCCCCUACUGUUUUAAAAUUUUUCUGUGACCAUCAGAUGCAUAUCUGUAUUCCCAGUCAUGUGAAAUCCAUAGAUUAGGGCCUAAUGCAUUUAUUUCAAUUGACUGAUUUCCUUAUAUGAACUGUAACUCAGUAAAAUCUUUGAAAUUGUUGCGUUUUUAUAUUUUUGUUCAGUGUACAUUUUCAGAAGAGAUGAAGCAAGCAAGGCACAGUUAGAUGGACUUUUGAAAACAGAAAAGAUGAGUUGGACAAUGGACACUUUGCAGAGCCUUAUGUCUGACUCACCAAUAGCUAGGCUUCCCUUUCUUUAUAAUAAUUUACUAUUGUUAAAGAUGCCCUAUGCAGAAAUCUCUCCGCCAUUUCCUGGUUGAUAAAAUUAGAAUAGUUCGCCUAAUUUCAGUUUGUGACAACAAGCAAGUAUAGUGUAGAAUCAUUGUACCAUCUAAACCCCUGUGAAAUAUAUUUUCCAUAACCAGAAAUAUUAUUUCAGCUGUUUGAAGCUGGUGUACAAAACAGAAAGUAAAAGACACAAAAAGGAAACUUAAAAACGGGAAGCAUAGAAAUAGCUUACAUAGAACAGAUCUACUGCUUCUUAGACUUGCUUUCAAUGAGAAUGACAGAUCUAUACUAUAACUAAUUUCUAUGUGAAUUUUGUCAAGUCGCCCAAAAAGUUACAUAUUGCAGCUUUAAGUGGAGAAAAGAGGGUGAUGGUUAAUGUAAAUAUUAUUUACAGGUCAUGCUCUUAAAAGCUCUAGUCUGGCUUUAGCUUGGCAUUCCUCUGUAGAGGCCGGCUACACAUUCCCAAAGGCCGAGGGGGGCUCACUGCUCCACAUUCCCAAAGGCCGAGGGGGGCUCACUGCUCCACAUUCAGGGCCCCCUGAGCCAAAAACGGCCUUCACCAAACAGGAGAGUGUGCUUGGUUGUUUCCCAAAUGGCACCCUAUUCCCUAUGUAGUGCACUACUUUUGACCAGGGCCCAGGCCCCGUGUAGCUCAGUUGGUAGAGCAUGGCGCUUGCAACGCCAGGGUUCUGGGUUCGAUUCCCACGGGGGGGCCAGUAUGAAAAAAAUUUAUGCACUCACUAACUGUAAGUCGCUCUGGAUAAGAGCGUCUGCUAAAUGACGUAAAUGUAAAUAGGGCACUGUAUAGGGAAAAGGGUGCCAUUUGGGAUGCAACCUGGAACCGUGGAAUACUUGACCAUAUAAGGGCUCAGACAGCUGUGACGGUGCAAGACGGACAACACUGGUGUUUGAAGUAGAGAAGUUAGUCUGAUUGAUGCAAAUGUGAAGGGGGAAGGGGAUACUACAGUAUGGCUGUGACUAUAAACUCUGGAAUUAGGCCUAUAGCCUAGUGAGUCUUGUUUAGUUGGCAAGUAGCCUAACACAACUUUAGAGGUGCCAAAUAUUUGACCAAAAUAGGCACUGAGGUAAAGGAAUCAGAACAGCAGAGAAUACAUGCAGAAUGGUUGAGAAAAGUAGGCUGUUGCUUGAAGCAUCAAAUCUGGAAUAUAUCUGAGGGGGGAUUGGGGAUUAACGGGACAUCAGUUUCUCUGUUUUGAAUUUGUUGUUAGGCUUGUUUAUACGCAAAUGUCAAGAUGACUCUGUACACUAACAGAACAUUGCAGAUUCUGUUAACUAGGGUAUUUGAAGAGGCCAUCCCGAAACAACUAAGCCUAAGUAGUGACUGUACCAUAUGAACUACAGUAAAUAUCAAGCUCUGGCUUGAAACUAUCUAUUGUAUGAAAUAAUUUCUCCAGACCGUGUGCGUCUGUUAAUGUCAUUGUUGUGUUGUGUUCUGUCUGUUCGCAGAUGACCCUGGGCCACGAGAUCGGCGCUGGGGCGGCGUGUCUGAAAUGCAAAGAAAAGUGUGAGGGGUUCGAGCUGCACUUCUGGAGGUUUGUACUGUAUUGCUCUGUAUUGUUGUGUGUCUGUGUCUGUGCAGUGCACAAAAACGUUUUUCUUUCCUCUUGAAUACUUUUUCAUACAGUACCAGUCAAAAGUUUGGACACACCUACUUAUUCCAGGGUUUUUCUUUAUUUUUACUAUUUUCUACAUUGUAGAAUAAUAGUGAAGACAUCAAAACUAUGACGUAACACAUAUGGAAUCAUGUAGUAACCAAAAAAGUGUUAAACAAAUCAAAAUAUAUUUGAGAUUCUUCAAAUAGCCACCCUUUGCCUUGACAGCUUUGCACACUCUUGGCAUUCUCUCAACCAGCUUCAUGAGGUAGUCACCUGGAAUGCAUUUCAAUUAACAGGUGUGCCUCCUUAAAAGUUCAUUUGUGGAAUUUCUUCCCUUCUUAAUGCGUUUGAGCCAAUCAGUUGUGUUUUGACAAGGUAGGGGUGGUAUACAGAAGAUAGCCCUAUUUGGUAAAAGACCAAGUCCAUAUUAUGGCAAGAACAGUUCAAAUAAGCAAAGAGAAACGACAGUCCAUCGUUACUUUAAGACAUGAAGGUCAGUUAAUACGGAACAUUUCAAGAACUUUGAAAGUUUCUUGAAGUGCAGUCGCGAAAAGCAUCAAGCACUAUGAUGAAACUGGCUCUCAUGAGGACCGCCACAGGAAUGGAAGACCCAGAGUUACCUCUGCUGCAGAGGAGAAGUUCAUUAGAGUUAACUGCACCUCAAAUUGCAACCCAAAUAAAUGCUUCAGAGUUCAAGUAACAGACACAUCUCAACAUCAACUGUUCAGAAGGGACUGUGUGAAUUAGGCCUUCAUGGUCGAAUUGCUGCAAAGAAACCACUACUAAAGGACACCAAUAAUAAGAAGAGACCUGCUUGGGCCAAGAAACACGAGCAAUGGACAUUAGACCGGUGGAAAUUUGUCCUUUGGUCUGGAGAGCCAAAUUGGAGAUUUUUGGUUCCAACUGCCGUGUCUUUGUGAGAUGUGCAUGUGUAUUUCCCACCGUAAAGCAUGGAGGAAGAGGUGUUAUGGUGUAGGGGUGCUUUGCUGGUGACACUGUCUGUGAUUUAUUUUGAAUUAAAGGCACACUUAACCAGCAUGGCUACCACAGCAUUCUGCAGCGAUACGCCAUCCCAUCUGGUUUGGGCUUAGUCCUACUAUCAUUUGUCUUUCAACAGGACAAUGACCCAACACACCUCCAGGCAGUGUAAGGGCUAUUUGACCAAGAAGGAGAGUGAUGGAGUGCUGCAUCAGAUGACCUGGCCUCCACAAUCCCCCGACCUCAACCCAAUUGAGAUGGUUUGGGAUGAGUCGGACCGAUGAGUGAAGGAAAAGCAGCCUUGAAAGUGCUCAGCAUAUGUGGGAACUCCUUCAAGACUGUUGGAAAUGCAUUCCAGGUGAAGCUGGUUGAGAGAAUGCCAAGAGUGUGCAAAGCUGUCAUCAAGGCAAAGGGUGGCUAUUUGAAGAAUCUCAAAUAUAAAAUAUAUUUUGAUUUGUUUAAUACUUUUUUGUUUACUACAUGAUUCCAUAUAUAUAUAUAUAUAUAUAUAUAUAUAUAUAAUCCAAAGCGACUUAGUCAUUUGUGCAUACAUUUUUACGUAUGGGUGGUCCCGGGGAACGAACCCACUACCCUGGCGUUACAAGCGCCAUGCUCUACCAAUUGAGCUACAGAGGACCACAUAUGUGUUAUUUCAUAGUUUUGAUGUCUUCACUAUUAUUCUACAAUGUAGAAAAUAGUAAAAAUUAAGAAAAACCCUGGAAUGAGUAGGUGUGUCCAAACUUUUGACUGGUAGUGUAUAUUGAAUUCAAUAUGAACCCAGUGUGGCCAACAACAAUGCUUAUUUUCUCUUAGCUUCACAACAACAGGGAAAGCCACAGGCCCUGAAAGCAUGUUGCACCCGAUCAUUGUUGAUACUAUUACAGUUUUUGUCCUCUUAAAUUUGAAUUAACUGUAGAACUGAAAUGUCCUACAUUACUUUGACUUCCUGUCUGAUUCCCGGACUUACAAUGCAGUCUUUAUCUGGACCAAUGACUCAUGAAAAUAGUUGUGUGUCCCACUGUCCCCUCAUGCCAUGCCAGCCUUCCUGCUUCCCGCUUCCCCCGACAAUUAUCCACACUCGGCUAGCUUCCCUGAAGACAUCACAACAGGUGCCCCGGUGCCUACUGCGGGUGGAAAGUCGCUAUGGCAACACCUAACCACCACAAUGCCACACAGAGGGCUUCGGUCUUGGUCAUGGUCAGACACGCAGGGCAAGCCCAGUCUGUGGAAAUAAGAACGGAACAGGAAAGCUAUUCUGUGUCAUUUGAUCCUAAGGCGACGACAUCACUCAUCCCAUCUUAGCGGAAGUGUGGUGACCUCACUUGUCCAGUAUCCUGUCUCCCACAGCUCCACUUACACACACACACACACACAAAUGCGCACACACAGGCUUGUGACUGUGUCCCAAAAGUAAUGAAUAUUUCCUAUUCCUCUUCUCUUCCAUGACCACUGAUCUGAAAAGACUUGUGCAAACUAGAGUGAAAGCAAUAGGGUAGCUAUCUAUCUAGCUAGCAAAACGCCUUUGACUUGCUUACACUAUAGGGCAGGUGUACUCAACUCUUACCCUAUGAGGUCCGGAGCCUGCUGGUUUUCUGUUCUAACUGAUAAUUAAUUGCAUCCACCUGGUGUCCCAGGUCUAAAUUAGUCCCUGAUUAGAGGAGAACAAUAAAAAAAUGCAGUGGCGGACCAGCGUUGAGUUUGAGGGCUCUAGGGCCUACCUACUGGGCACACGCUGGUUGAAUCAACAGUUUCCACAUCAUUUCAAUGUAAUGUUGUUGAACCAACGUGGAAUAGACGUUGAAUUGACGUCUGUGCCCAGUGGGUAGAGCUUUUCCUGGUUAGGUGAUCAUAAAGGUGAUCAUCUGUCUCCUGAGUGGCGCAGUGGUCUAAGGCACUGCAUCGCAGUGCUAACUGUGCCACUAGAGAUCCUGGUUCGAAUCCAGGCUCUGUCGCAGCCGGCCGCGACCGGGAGACUCAUGGGCGGCGCACAAUUGGCCCAGCGUUGUCCAGGGUAGGGGAGGGAAUGGCCGGCAGGGAUUUAGCUCAGUUGAUAGAGCAUGGCGUUCGCAACGCCAGGGUUGUGGGUUUGAUUCCCAUGGGGGGCCAGUAUAAAAAAAAAAAUGUAUUCACUAACUGUAAGUCGCUCUGGAUAAGAGCGUCUGCUAAAUGACUAAAAUGUAAAUGUAAAAUAAAGGAAACCUAGACAUUUUGAGAGUACUUAGACACAACCAAACAUCUAUUCUAACCUAUUCCCCAUUGUCUUUCUCCCAUCACAGAAAGAUCUGCCGGAACUGUAAGUGUGGGCUGACGGACCACGAUGUGCAGAUGAACUCUGAUGAUAACCGGAAGGUGGGCAAGCUGUUCGAGGAUACCAAGUACACUGGCCUCAUCGCCAAGCUCAAGACCGACGGCGUCCCCACAUACAAGGGCAACCAGGUCACCUUCUCCAUCUCCGCCAGCCCCAUGUCAGGAACCGCUGUUCCAUACAGUCCCCAAUCUGCCCACACUGUGCCAGCCAAUGCUGGCUAUGGGGCUGGAGCUGGGGCUGGCUAUGGUGCUGGGACCGGGGCUGGAGUUGGAGCUGUGGCUAGCUAUGGUGCUGGGGCCGGAGCUGGGGCCGCUGCUGGGGCUGGGCCCGCAACCAUGCCCAAACCUGGGGCAAUCAGAGCCACUGCUGUGUCAGCCAACGUCUUGCCAGUCAGGAAGGAUGCCGUGCCCAUGAAGUCUGUCACCUAUGAGUGGGCUCCUCCAGGGCUCAAACAGUACAUGGUAAGGGUAUAACUACAAUUUCUGUUCAAUAACGUAAUACCUAUGAUAAUCCCAGGGUUGAGAACACCAGUCUAAAAUCACUUUACCGGUACUGAUUCCUUGGUUUCUGUAAGGAAUGGCCUCAUGGCCUAGCCUAGUAAAAAACUGACAAUGUUAGUAGGUUCAAUCUGAUGUAGGUUGUCUGAUUUUAGGUUCAGUCUGAUUUAGGUUCAGUCUGAUUUAACCAGGCUAAUCAUUAGAAACAGACUGUCCACUAGAGGUCACACUUUGUAUCUCUUCAUAUCCCUCAACAAGUAUGUGUAGUUAAAUAGUGGUAGUUAGGGAGUAAGUAGGGAGAGGUUGCAAGAUGUCUUAUAACAGCUGGCUGCCUCUCCCCAGCUCUCCCUUAACAAGAUCAGCACAGCAACACAGCUUAAUUUAAGUCACAAGCCCAGGGAAGACCGGUAGAUCUUCACUGCCUCUCUCUCUCUCUUUGUCGCUUUGUCUCUUUAUCUGUGUAUCUCUAUCCUUUUUGUUUUCUCUCUGUUUGUUCCUCUGACUCUUCCUCCCUCUUUCCAUGUCGAUCAUGUGUUUUUCUCUAAGUAGUAUCACGUCGAAGUCUGGUCGCGCUGCUAUGCACCUGUCUGUAUAUCUCCUUGGGCAAGUGCGUCCAGACGCAUCCUAGCAUACGACGCAGGGAGAGUCGACAUCGUAGUACGGCAUAGCGGAUGCCGAGUACUCUCGUCUAGAAGCUCUCCUCUCAUCUCCUCUCUCAUCUCUCUCCUCUCCUAUCUCUCUCUCUCUCUCUCUCUCUUUCUUAACAAAGUCCUAACACUCUCUCUCCUCUGCUCUCCACUUGACCGUUAGGCGGUACGCUACAUCGAGCUCCUGCCCCCAGAGAGGCGUCCCAUAGCGGGAACGGAGGGUGCGGCCUACCGCCGGCAACAGAUGGCAGUGCAGCUACCGGAGCACGACCAGGAUCCGGCCAAGUGCCACGAGCUGACCCCUGCAGAGGUCAAACAGAUGCAGCAGUUUGUCCGCAAGUACAAAGAUGAGGCCCUGGGAGUGGGAGACAUCAAGCUGCCUGAGGAGAUGAUGAUGGGACAGGCUCCGGGUCAGGAGGGAGGACCAGGACAGGGAGCACCAGGCAUGGGAGGACAUGGGAUGGGAGCCCCUGGGCUUCCAGCUGGGCCUGGAGUUGUGGCUGGGGGAGCCUUUGGGCCUGGAGUUGGGGCUGGGGGAGCCUUUGGGCCUGGAGUUGGGGCUGCAGUUGGGGCUGGGGGAGCCUUUGGGCCUGGAGUUGGGCCUGGAGUUGGGGCUGGGGGAGCCUUUGGGCCUGGAGUUGGGGCUGGGGGAGCCUUUGGGCCUGGAGUUGGGGCUGGGGGAGCCUUUGGGCCUGGAGUUGGGGCUGGGGGAGCCUUUGGGCCUGGAGUUGGGCCUGGAGUUGGGGCUGGGGGAGCCUUUGGGCCUGCAGGUCCUGGUCAUCAGACAAGGCCUGUGUCUGGAGGUGUACUCGGACAAGCGGGACAGGUUCAGCCUGGGAUGGGGACUGGAGGAUACCCUGGGGCAGGAGAAGGUGGACCAGGAGACAUGGGCACUGCUGCCACCGCUGGGGCCAUGGGUACUCCGGGAGCCCCUGGAGGUCACCUGGCUGGACCCUGUGGACACUACGUAAGUAUACCCUCAGAUCGAAGAGAGAGCGAGAAUGUGACCGACUGACAGUGGAUUGUUAUCCUCAGAUUUGGUCCCCCUCCUUCCUCAAAUCAUAUUUUAUUUGUCACAUACACGUGUUUAGUAGAUGUUAUAGCGGGUGUAGCGAAAUGCUUAUGCUUCUAGCUCCGACAGUGCAGUAUUAUCUAACAAUAUCACAACAUAUACCCAAUACACACAAAACUAGUAAGGAAUGGGAUUUAAGAAUAUAUACAUAUAUGGACAAGCAAUGACAGAACGGCAUGGACUAAGAUACAGUAGAAUAUUAUAGAAUAGAAUACAGUAUAUACAUAUGAGAUGAGUAGUGCAAGAUAUGUAAACAUUAUUAAAGUGACGUAAACAUUAUCCUACCUUCCUAUGUCCUUUCUCACUUCCUUCAUCAUGGAUAUUAAAGAGAGAGAGAUAGAUAGAUAGAUAGAUAGCCUUUUGAUUAGUCAGUUGGUGCAUUCUGGUUCCCUGAUUUGGUCUCUUUCCUAUGCCCUUUCUCCUCAUCAUGCAUAUGACCCCCCCCCCAUAGCCUUUUGAAUGGUUAGGGAAUUUCUACCAUAUUGUUUUCACCCAUCUAAUGCUUUUAAAUCUGGGGGAGUGAGAGAGAAUACAGGGAGGGGACCAAAUCAAAGAGUGGGAAUGGACUGCACUGUGAGACUGUUCCACUGUCAGACUCACUUCAGACACAGGCGGCUUUGUGGAGCUACGAUUAGAUUAGAGAGACUAGAGAAUGACUGAACAAGGGAGCGAUUCUCUCCGAGAAGCCUUAGCUGUAGGGUGGGGACCACUUCAUCUCAUGAAGUGUGUGUUGUCUGUUAAACUAUACUUCAACUAACUUUAAUAUGAAGCAUCUGUCCCAGUCACUGCUGCUAGAACCAAGCUUUUCAUAUUGUUUAUUGUCAUGGAUGCAGUCUCUAUCUCUCUUUCUUUCUCUCUGUGUUCGCUCUCGUUCAAUGUCCAUAUAUUCAAGGAAAAUAUGCUGGAGUUGAAAUGUAGAACAGUCACAUUUUAGGUGAAAUGAUAUUCUCAGCAGAGAAUACUGUUGACAAGUGUAGAAUGAGGACAGACAUUCAACUGGCCACAAGAUGGAGCCAGAAGUGAAAAUAUGAGUGAAUCAUUUUGAAUAGCUUUGCAUAAUGAUUUGUGUAGUAUGGUUUUGAAGCGUGACUGAAAAAUGUUUCCAUCUAAACAGAGUUUUGGCUCAUGCAAACCCCUACAGACUGCCUGUCUGUCUUUCUACCGUGUCUCCCCAUAUGCAGUUAUUUAUUCCAACUGAAUGAACAUUUGGAUUUAUGGGAGCUGUCAGGCAGUGUCUUAAACUGCAAAAUGAUGAUUAUGAUUUAAGUUUAUAAUGGCAUAAAAGAACAGGAUGAGGCUGUGCUACAGGGCCAUUGUUUUAGUGAGGGCAUUGCUAACAAAGGUAUUUUCUGGUGUAUUUCUCCAUCUCAUCUCCUCCCUCCUACCCACUCUCUCCUUCCCCCCUUCUCCUUCUGUCCACAUUCCCCUCCUCCAGUCGUGCCACCAGUGCCAGCUGCCCAUGCGUCAGGGUGAGCCUGCGGUGUACGCAGAGCGUGCUGGCUACGACAAGCUGUGGCACCCAGCCUGCUUCGUGUGCUGUACCUGCUCAGAGCUCCUGGUGGACAUGAUCUACUUCUGGAAGAAGGGACAGCUGUACUGCGGGCGCCACUACGGAGACAGUGAGAAGCCACGCUGCGGGGGCUGUGACGAGGUGAGGGGUUGGGAAGGAGGGGCAGGCAGGAGGAGAGAGGUCAGAGGUGAGCGAAGAAGGGACAGCUGUACCGCGGACGCCACUACGGAGACAGUGAGAAGCCACGCUGCGGGGGCUGUGAUGAGAUCCAUUAAACACAUUGUGGAGCAAGAAUGUCAGAGCUGGAGUAUCUUUUUAAAUAUGAGUGGAAAACAAAAAUAAUCAUUUCCCAAUUCUACCUCCCAUGUUAACCUGGUGUGUGUGUGUGUGUGUGUGUGUGUCUGCAGCUGAUCUUCAGUAAUGAGUACACGCAGGCCGAGGACCAGAACUGGCAUCUGAAGCACUUCUGCUGCUUUGACUGUGACUGUGUUCUGGCUGGAGAGACCUACGUUAUGGAGAACAACAAGCCUGUCUGCAAGCCCUGCUACAUGAAGAGCCACGCCGCGGUAAGGACAGAGAGGGAGAGUGUGUGUGCAUGUAUUUGUACGUGUGUGUGACACUGUAUUUAAUGUACAAUGUGUAUUGUAUACGUGUGAUUAAACAAACAUCCCCCCUCUCUCCAGGUGUGUACGGCCUGUCAGAACCCAGUGGAGCCCGAGGCCCAGCGUGUGUCCUACGGGGAUUUCCACUGGCACGCUGAGCCCCAGUGCUUCCAGUGCUCCUGCUGUGCUAAGUGUCUCAUUGGAGAGCGCUUCAUGGCCAUACAGGGCAUGCUCUUCUGCUCUGUCGAGUGCAAGAAGAAGACCAUGACCUAGAGAAGACCAUGACCCAGAGUAGACCA